AUGAUGACGAUGUUGGAACUUCCAGAGGAUGUGUUAGAAGAGAUAUUCUGCCGUGUUCCGGCUUUGUCUCUUAUUCGGUUACGAUCUACAUGCAAAAGAUGGAACCGGAACCGUUUGUUCAACGAUAAGAGAUUCACAUCAAAUCACCUUGAGAAAGCCCCAAAGCAGUUUAUGGCUCUCAUGCAGGAGGAGCUUAGGUUAUGUUUGAUGCGCAUCAAUAACCUUAGGUUUACACCUAUAAAGGUGAAAGGCCAACUUAACCUAGUUGACCCUCGUUCUAGUUUAAACCAAAUCAAGAUUUGUCAAGUCUUUCACUGCGACGGCUUAUUGUUAUGCGUUACCGGUGAUAGAAUCCCUAAGCUCGUGGUUUGGAAUCCGUGUACCGGUAAAAAAAGAUGGAUCAAAAUCAAUAGUUUAAGCCAAGGCGCUACAUAUGCUCUUGGAUCCUACCAAGACAAAACGUCCAACGUUGGUUACAGCUACAAAAUAUUGAGUGGCAUGUUUUAUAGGCCUAUUUACGACACACACGAACUGGAAAUUUGUGAGAUGGAUGAUGACUCUAAUUCAUGGAGGGUUCUUGAUGCACCUUUGGACUUCAUAAUUAAGGAACUUGAUCGGGGCGUGUCUUUGAAGGGAAAGACUUACUGGAUUGCUGCUUAUAUAGAAAAACCGGGACACAAUGAAUUCUUAGUAAGUUUUGAUUAUUCAACAGAAAGAUUUGAACAUGUAUGUCUUCCGGAUCAGGGUUCUAGGUUUGAAACUCUGUCUGUAUCCGUUGUUGGAGGAGAGAAACUUUCGGUGUUAUUACAACGGGUUUUUGAAUGGAAGACAAACAUAUACGUGUCAAAUAUGAUUGGUGAGACCAAAGCGGUGUCGUGGAGCAAGAUCUUAGCAGUAGAUGUAUGUUUUAAGAUCGCGGAUGGCAGAAGUUUCCUUGUCGAUGAGGAGAGAAAAGUCCUCGUGUGUUGUGUUUCGGAAGACCGUGUAUACAUCGUUGAAGAGGACAAUAAUGUCAGAGAUUACGAAGCUAGUGACUCAAUGUGUCCGAUAUCUUUGUUUAAUUACGUGCCAAGUUUGACUCAAAUCCAGCAAGAUAUCGGAGGCAAAAGAAAGAGAGGCGACGAAUGA